UCGGCCCUUCUGCCGUGAAAAAGGAAGAUGAGAAGCAGCGGCGGUCCGCCGACACCGAACCGAACCUGAACCGAGUCUGACUUCCAGCGGAAUGGCGGCAGAGCGGUUGCUGACGGACCGGAGGCCGAGCUCAGCUGCUGUUCUCCGGCCUUGAACCCGCCACGACCGCCGCUGGAGCUGCGGAGCCCGGAGGAGCGGCGGGUGGAGCUGCAGCCUGCCGGGCCGAGCCGUGCCGAGCCGAGCCGAGCUGCCGUCAUCUCUCGACCCGCUAACGAUGCUCAGCUAGCUGCAGGACCGAAGCCUCGACUGCACCGCACCCCGAAACCAGACGCGAUCUCUCCCUGUGCCCCCUUCAGUGUCCCUGCAGGCUGCAGCAUGGAGCGCUCCGGCAGCAUCCAGCUGGACAUCCCGGACUUCAGUAACUCAGUUCUGUCUCACCUGAACCAGCUGCGCGUUCAGGGCCGUCUCUGCGACAUCGUGGUCAACGUGCAGGGCCAGAGCUUCCGGGCACACAAGGUGGUCCUUGCCGCUAGCUCGCCAUAUUUCCGGGACCACAUGUCCCUGAGCCAGAUGAGCACCGUGUCGCUGACGGUGAUCCGCAACCCGACGGUGUUUGAGCAGCUGCUGUCCUUCUGCUACACCGGCCGCCUCUGCCUGCAGCUCGCCGACAUCAUCAGCUACCUGACGGCCGCCAGCUUCCUGCAGAUGCAGCACAUCAUUGACCGCUGCACCCAGAUCCUGGAGGGCAUCCACCUGAAGAUCAGCCUGGCUGACAUGGAUGAGGAGCCCACGGAGGAGGCACGGGGCUCCAGGAGCAACAGGACCCUGGAGGCUGUGGUGCGAGGAGGCGGCCACCAUGGCGGCCUGCGGCUCCUUGGCCCACGGGGGGGCACAGAGGCGUGUGAAGCAGUCAGCCCCGCCGAGGAGCCCCUCAGCCCGCCGCCAACGGUGGAGCACAGCGGGCUGGAGGGGUCUGGGGCCGCCACCAGCAGGGCCAACAAAGAACCAAUCCUUCGCAUCAACCGGGCCGGUCAGUGGUAUGUGGAGACGAGCAGCGAGCCGGAGAGGACCGGCAGUGCUGAGGAGGGCAGCGGUCUGGACCGAGUGAGGAUCAAGACGGAGAGGAUGGAGGAGUGGAUUGGAGCAGGAGAGAACCAGGAGGAGGGGGGGCCGGUGGAGGAGGGUACCACGGUGAUGAUCGACACGUCGGGACGCAGCACGUUGGUGACCGGGCCGGUGGGAGCCCUGGGGGGCCGGAGUGCCCAACCGUCCUCCAGCUUCAGUGAGACCGACAGGUUCAGUCCCACCGGCAGCGUCGUCGUCCUGGCAGAACGUCAGAGAGCGAAGAGCGAGUCUCCCAGCAGGGCGGACGAGCUGCGACAACCCAGUUCUCAGGGGGAGGAGCACGCAGCUUUUGAUAUGGGUGGCUAUGAGGACUACCUGAGGGAGCAGGUAGGAGACCGCUGGUUCCGCUACAACCCCCGGCUCACCUGCAUCUACUGCUGCAAGUCCUUCAACCAGAAAGGCAGCCUGGACCGCCACAUGCGCCUGCACAUGGGCAUCACGCCGUUUGUCUGCCGCAUCUGCGGGAAGAAGUACACCCGCAAGGACCAGCUGGAGUACCACAUCCGCAAGCACACCGGCAACAAGCCCUUCCACUGCCACGUCUGCGGCAAGAGCUUCCCCUUCCAGGCCAUCCUCAACCAGCACUUCCGCAAAAACCACCCGGGCUGCGCCCCCCAGGAGGCCCACAGCGCCUCCCCAGAGACCACCACCGCCUCCGUCACGUCCAGGGGAGGGCCGAGCGACGAGGCCUCCCCCAGCCAGGAGGAGCCAGAGGCCGGGGGCGGCGGCGGCGGCGGAGGUCAGUACAGCGAGGGUCCCCAGGCCUCGGUCUCCACCACGGGGCCCGACUGACCCUGAGAAGGGACAGGUAGGGUGGAGGUUGGGGUGGGGGUGACGGACGUGGAGGUCCGUCUGAUACUGUUGCACCUGAAGCCAACAGGACUGAACCUGCUCAAGUGACGGACUCUGAGUCUGAACUGAGAUUUUUUCGCUUUAAACCGCAUCUACCUUCACUAACCAAACGGAACAGAUUAAGCUAAAAUGAAGAAACGCCACACACUCCAACAACCUCAUACACCACACGAUGCAGUGGUCCUCGUUUGCCUCCGUCUACUUUAUGUUACAGAUUUCUACUUUUAUAUUACAGGUAUUACAGGUUCACAAUGCAGCGUCACGGCAGUCUGUCUGGUGGAAACUUUGCCAAACUACUCAGUGCCAGUUAACAGUUCAGAUCCUUCGUAUUUGCCUUGAGACAAUCCGGAGCGGCGAGGUUCAUGAAGUAAUCCGCGCUCUUCAGUGCCAAAGUGGCACGAAAAGAUUUAGUUGCACAAAAAGGUUCAAUGAGAAAAGUUGGACAGUUCAGGUCCAGUGUGAUCAGAGUUCCUCGUCUUCUUCUCUGCUGACGUGAGAAGAAGUUUGCAUAAAGUUUAGAGGACGACCUUUUUAGCACGGACGAAGGUGUCGCGCUGCUCAUCUUCACAUCCUGGUCUUCAUCCUCACGUACAGAUUAUGAGCUGCCAUUCCUGAUUUGUUUGUCAGGAGUCACCUUCAUGGCUCAUUAGUUUCAAUAUUGAUUAAUCUGCCGGGGAGUCCGUUGAUAAAUAGAUUCAUCAUUUGAUCUAUAAAGUGUAAAAAAACAGACAUCAGAUUGUUAAUGUCUGUCUGUCAAGUGACGACUCGUGAGUACGAAGCGUCUCCGUCAGAAGCCGAGCAGCAGUUUUUAAUCUGAACUCCACAGAAGAAGAGCAUCAGGAAACGCUGCCAGCUCGUUUCACAACGUGUGAAGUUUGUUUCUGAUCUGAAACUGAUCUCUGAUCAUCUGCACGAGUUAAUCUAAACACAGGCUCCGCUGAGCGAACAGAACCAGCUCAGGUGUGUGAACAGGUGCUUCACUGUCAGGGCGGCCUUACAGCACCUCUGACGCCUCUUCACCUGUCACACAAGCCGAGGAAAAUUACCACGUGAUGCGUUUGAAAGAUGUGGGAAUAAACCGAUCUGUUUGUGGAUCUCCAGGCUGGUGCAGGAACAGAACUCUGCUCACACUGGACUUUUUUAAUUUGGCUGUAAAAUGAACAGAAAUUUUUAGAUUAUGGUUGAACCAUCUGGCACCUGACGACUGAACAGACUCACAGCAGGAAAACUGGACCGAGUCCAGACUCAGAUAAGCUACACCGCUCAGUUACCUCUCAUCACUACGCAAUACAGCUGCUGCACCGCACAGCACAGCACCACCGGGGGGCGCUCUGACACACCCACUCAGAGAGCUCCGUCAGUCUUCUCAGAUAUUUUUAUAACAAGCAUGACUUCUUUGUUUUUCUUCGACACCUUUUUGCUCUGACAAUGUGUGCGACGGACGACAGAAGCUUCGUGUCGGAGGACGACGAGGACUUGUGUCGCGACUCGAUCAGUAACUCGUGUUGCCGUUAACGACGCGUUACAUCUGCUUCAUGCUGUGGAGUCAAAACAAACGGCAGCUUCAAUCAGGGAGAACAAACAGGGAAAGAUGGCUAACAAGUCCGUGUCCUCGUCGCCAUGGAGACAGGUCACAGUAACAUUAGCAUACAAGCUAGUUGAUUUCUGUUUUUACGGUUUGACCCUUCUGUCUGGGUCGAACCUCCGACCUUUGCGGUCCAUCUGAGGUGUCUGUUGUUCUGCAGCAUCAUGAUCAGAGAAACUGACCAAUCACAGUGUUUCAUGUCAAAGCUUUGUGACGUGAAGACCAGAAAAACAUGCAGAUGUGAGAAACUAGUUUUUCUGAUACGUUAAUGUUGAGAAAGUCGUUUUUAAAGCAAACUCAGACAGAAAACUGAAAAUAAGACGUGAAGUAAGUCAAUAACAGAACAAGAAGUUCAACACGGGACACGAACCCCCGUCUCCAGGUGUUGGUCCUGUUCUUGACCCGUUCAGCCACCAGGACCUGGUCCAAUGUGGACUUGAUGGUCCUGCAGCAACAUUAAUGAUGAUGUAGGAGCGACAUCAGAUGAACUGAACUAGAAGCCGUCUGUUACUGCAGUCAGUAACGAACCACAGACCGUCAGAACUGACAGUCUGCAGCUGAUGCUCAGAUUAACGAGUUCAUUCAUGUUCCUUAUCUGACCAGCAUGAACCAAACAACAACCAGUUAACAAGCUAACUGAUGUUAGCUUCCUCAUUGCGUCCAGUUGAAAUUUCUUCCCCACCACAGACCUCCUAGUGUGUAGCAGCUAGCUGGCUAAUGUUAGCCUGAUGUCUCUGGUUCAGUGUGCAGACUUCAAGAACUGCAGCGUUCUGAGGACAGAUGCUGAAACUUUUUCGUUUCACACUGACUUCAGUUUAAUCUCUCUCUGUGUAGCCUAGCUUAGCAUGAAAAACAUUGGAAGCCUGUGGAAACUAGUAGCCUAGGUCUGAUGCUGAUAUGUUGACUGGAGCUCUCUGGCUAACGUUAGCAGGCUGUAGCUCUGUCGGUCAGAGAACAGUUUGGACAUGAUGGACAUCGUUCUUCUGCACAUGUGCAGUGGAGGUAACGCGUCUUUGCAUCACACGGUUCUGAUCGGGUAGCGACAGGACGAGGAGCCGGACCGUCAGACCAGAUGGAUGUAGUAGCCAGGCCGUGGAGUUGGACUAAAAAACAACCCUCCAGAGGUCAAAGUUCACCCGCUGAAGGGCGGGAACACGUCGGACCACCUGGCAACCAAAGGAAAGACAACGUGGCCACGUUGGCCCUCCAAAACAACUCGAGCACUUAUCAGAAAGAGACGGGAUCAAAAGCGAACUUUUUCUAAAAGCAGAACAAUGAUGAGCUGCACAUAUUAUCACACAAACAUAUUUAAACUACUAAGAUGUGUUUUGCAUAUGAAUAAUGUCAGUAAGCUAGGAGUUCACUUCAGAUGUAGGCGGGGAGCACACGGAUGGGCUGUUACUGUUUUUCUACAGAGCUGUGAAUCAGAUUCUCAGUGGACGGUUGAUUUUUUUUAUGCAAGUGAAGCCGGCGGUUCGGUCCUCACUCGGCUGGCGGGACUCGACUUCUGCUCCCAGAUCCUGCCGCCGCCGCUGCACUCACUCUUCAGGCUAAACCAGGAACUAUCAGGUAUACAGACUCUUUCUUUAUUCAGUGAAUCAGACGUUUACCUUUCCCUACGUAGCAGAACGCUAACGGCUAAACCUCAGUGCGAGCUACACGCCGCUGAAAAUAACUCACCUGUAAAUAAACUUAGCAGCAGGUAAGAAAUCCUGCGAGUCACUGCAGAGGGCAACAAAAACACAGAACAGGGCUGGGUAAUAUGAAAAAAAUCAGUAAUAGUGACAACUACAAGACCUCUUGCUAACGCACCACGGCCACAGAUGAGGGCUGGUUCGUGAUUGGCUGCAGGUGUCGAUCUUCACCUUCACCUCGUCCUUUAUCUUCAUCACCUGCUCACACAUUCUAAUAUCUGUCGGCACAUCGAGGUAAUAAACACGUCGGACCGAAAGAUCGACAGAAACGUUUCCAGAAAAAGCUCAUUCAGAGUUUGUUCUGCAGAUUUUCACCUCCAGGUUGAAAACGUGUGAAAUGAGAAACUGCCGUGUUUCUGCUCCACGAGGCAACUGAACGUCUGCCGGACGUCCAGAGCUCGUCUCCAUGGUCACGCUGUCUGUCCAUCUGUAGAAACAUGGCGGACAGGGGGGGGGACCUGCUGCCCGAUUAAACACCGAUCAGACCAGAACUAUGAAGAUUCAGUUUCCGGCAGUGGAUCUGAAUCCUGGACUUUUACUGAGGACCUGAACACCAGUUGGUGAAGGUCUCCAGCCCGUGCUGCUCCUCAUGUCACCUGCAGCCAGGUGUGAUGUUGAAGGGCCGGGGGUCAGAGACUUUCAGGGGGGGUGAAGUAGAAAUACUCCUAUGGCCGCUGAUCAGAUUCAUUGAUUAAUUAUUUGUUAAUGUCUGAAGGGCUUCAUCAUUCUUUCAUAUUUAGACUCAAUCUAAAAGCGUCUGAACCAGUCAGACCUGGUCCAGAUGGGAGGUGGUCUCAGAAGGACUGGGUGGGUCCAGUGUGUGUGUGUGUGUGUGUGUGUGUGUGUGUGUAACAUCCUCAAGUCCACUCAUUUCAAACUAUUGAUCUUCUAGUGGUACCAUUAAAACCUCAUAAGUCACGUCAGUCACGUUUUAAAUUUAAACUCCUGCCCUGGUUUAAGUUUAGGACUGACUUUAUGUCAGUUUAAAGAGGAAACAGCUGAUCGCACUCAGAUGACUGACAUGAUCGUUUUCUGUCGGAGGUCUCUGGUCACAGAUUCUGGACUCGGUCUGCAGACUUCCAGCUGCCUCGUGGAUCACUGUUGAGCUGAAAAAAGAAACAUUUUCUGGACUUUGUUUCGUUAACUGACGAAGUGAAAAACUAAAGAGAUGAACAUCGAGACACUUUUUAUUUGAACUGGUUAAACCUGAACCGUCGCCGUGUCGCCGGCUCAGAAACAGACUGAAACUCCUGGCUGCUGAUCGAUUAUGCAACAAACUGCAAGUUAACUUUGUCCACUAAUACCUGAAUGUCACUAAACCAGUCUCGACUGGUCCAGACCGGCUCUCGUCCUCUCUGCGCUGAGGCGUCCGUCUUCUUGUCUUUAAUGGACGGCAAAUCAUUUCAAGUCAGUUAAAGUUAAGAGAGAGCUGCUUCCAGAUCAGCCGGUCUGGUCCGAUCCGGUUCAAGGACAAAACUAGGAGAGUCGGAUCAGAGCUGCGUUCAGGACUGACUCUACAGGAAGGAGUCUGAACUCUGAACCUUUCCAACCAAAGACUCAUUUCAGCAAACAGAAAGCUGAGACGUAGAUAUUGAUCCGUCUGAUCAGACCAGAAACUUUUCAUGAACGACAGGAAAAUCUAAUUUCUCUGCAGAGAAUCUGAAAACCUCGUUCAGUUUGAAAACAGCUUUCUUAAAGUUCAGCUUCAGAUUAAUCAGAUGAACGUUCACGCCGACGUGUUUCAAGACUUUAAAGUUUAGAAUUUAAAAAGUUGUUUUGAAUAAAGUUUAAAUGCGUUUGAAAGACGGCGCAGUGGAGGUCAGUCAGCCACGGCUCAGAAUCCGACUUUUCCUCUUCAACGCUUCUUCAGUUUCAUCUUCAAACUGUGAAAACAGCCCAACCUCAUCAUCAUCAUUAUUAUCAUCUUCAUCACCACCCUCUGGUCUUCAUGGUCUCGGGGUCAGUCCAGGCUCCAGAUCCUCUCUGAGCAAACGCUGGUCUUCAGCUUCAGCCUGAAACUUCUGGCUUUCUAUUUUUUUGACUUCUUACUGUGUGACUCAAAUGUUUAAAUAUGAAUAUCCAGUAACCUUGACCACAACAUGCCUAAUUAUGAAUCGAAUCAUUUAGAUAUAUUCACUUCAUGAGAUUACUCUUUACUGUUGAUUCCUCAAAGUAUAUCCUAAUAUAUCGAAGCAGAAAAUGAGUCAGAGAAAAGUUUAGUAAAUUAACUUUUAAUACUGUACAUUUUUUAAGAGGAGGUACUUAAAGUUCUGUAGUGGAAGAACCUGAGAGGUUUAUGUGAAGAUCUUUUUGUUGCAUGUCUCUGUUCUAAAACAUGUUGGU